AUGAGUUUGAAAGCUCGGUUACAAAAGAUUAGGAAAGAUAACCUGUCUCUUAGUCAAUAUUUGUCUCAAAUUAAAGAUGUUGCUGAUAAAUUUAGUGUUGUUGGAGAAUCAAUUUCUUAUAGAGAUCAUCUUACACACAUUUUAGAUGGUUUAGGUAGUGAGUAUAAUGCUUUUGUUACAUCUAUACAAAAUCAUGUUGAUAAUCUCUCUGUUGAAGAUGUGUGGAGUUUAUUGUUAUCUUAUGAGGCUCAGCUAGAAAAACAGAAUGCAAUUGAUCAUUUGAAUAUUGCUCAAGCUUACCUUAGCAAACUUUCCUUUCAACACAACAGCAAGCGAAAUGCCUUACGCCCUUUUCCCAAUCACUCUUCCCUUAUUUUACCUUCUCCUAAUUUUUCUCCAAUACUUCCAUCUACAUCCAAUAGUGUUCAUGCUCGUCCUUCUUUUAAUAAAAAAUGGCCGCCCUCUAAACCACCUUCUUCCAAACCUCAAUGCCAAAUCUAUCAUAAGUUUGGCCAUAUUGUCCCUCAGUGUCACCAACUUGCUAGUUUUGCCUAUCAAUGUAUGAAUCCACAAGCCCAUGUCUCUUCUGUCCAACCUCCUACCCCUACCUCUAUAAUCGAUAUAUUAUCCAUUACUCUUGAUUUUCAGUAUCCUGAUGAUGGAUUGUGUACCAAUGACAACUCCAUUGGUUGUCGGCGUAGUACAAGUGGUUAUUGUGUUUACUUGGGUACCAACUUAGUUUCAUGGUCUUCUUCUAAACAAAAGGUUGUUUCUCAUUCAAGUGCUAAAUCAGAGUAUCACAGAAUGUCAAAUGAUACAACGGAGUUAACUCAGCAAAAGGAUGUUUCUCAUUUAAGUGCAAAUCCCAUUAUUCACCAAUAG